AUCACGAAAUUAUUGUACGUUACUUUCUCAAUUGUAUCCGUUUGUACUUACAAAAUCUGUAUAUUCUCGAAAACACUGUUUAGACUAAAUUCUGAAGUAAUAUUUCGAUCGGUUCUUUUAAGUAAGAGUUGGCAUGCGUGGCCAAUUUUGCCAACUAUUUCCGGAAUAAUAAGGCACCGUGAGGUGACGUUUGCUAUUAUUGUCCGUAAGGUGUAUUAACGACAUUGUUGGAAACGUCGACGAAUAAUUAAAAUUCAAAAAUAUUUGUUUCGCAUGCGAAACAUUAAAUCGUCCACUUGCAAAACGUACUGACGUGUGGCUACGCUAAAGUCUGUAUCGAUAGAAGAGUAUUAUUUUGAACGCUUCGGGCGUGUGGUGUCUUCCCAAACAAAAUGGGCCUAACAAUUAGCAGCUUAGUAAACCGGCUCUUUGGUAAAAAGCAAAUGAGAAUAUUAAUGGUGGGACUAGACGCUGCUGGAAAAACUACCAUACUGUAUAAAUUGAAACUUGGUGAAAUUGUGACAACAAUACCAACCAUUGGUUUCAAUGUUGAAACUGUUGAAUAUAGGAAUAUAUGUUUCACUGUGUGGGAUGUUGGUGGCCAGGAUAAAAUCAGACCGCUCUGGAGACACUAUUUCCAAAACACACAAGGCCUGAUUUAUGUUGUUGACUGCAACGAUCGUGAACGUAUUAGAGAGGCUGAACGUGAGUUAGCGAACAUGUUGAAGGAAGAUGAACUUCGAGACGCAGUUCUCUUGGUAUUUGCUAAUAAGCAAGAUUUGCCAAAUGCCAUGUCCCCCGCAGAACUCACAAAUAAAUUGAAACUAAAUUCGUUAAGUGGAUGCCAAUGGUAUGUUCAAAGCACUUGUGCUACGCAAGGGCACGGACUCUAUGAAGGACUCGAUUGGUUGAGUAACGAAUUAGCUAAAAAGUAGUAAAGCACUGUCAUUAUUCAUAAUCUUCAUGAACAAUUUAUUCAACGAGCAUGGACGUAGAAGACAGGUUGCAAUCUCCGUUUUAUCAGAUUAUGCACUAUGUGUACGAUUUAAUACCACUGUGAUUCUAAUUUCUAAGAAGAAAACUACUUGGCGUAAUAGAGAAACUUGACUGUCUCGAUAAUCCAUAAAGCUUAUAUAGAUUUCAUUUUUUGAAUGAAGUUUCCCUUCAGUAAAGGAGAAAUUUAUAAAUUAAAAGCGUGUAAAUUUAUCAGUUACUAUUUAUGACUUUAAUUUGUAGAGUUAUAAGUUUACUUGAAAGUGUAUUGAGUUUGAAAUAAACAAGGAAUAUUUCUAUGUUGAUUUCAGUACAUAUAUUGUUUUCAUUUUAAAAGAAAAGUACUGUGAAUAUUAUUUACUUAAUAUAUUACUAACAAUUUCUGCUAUAAAAAAGGAGAAAGUACAAGUGAAAUUUUAUACUUGUGCAUCCUUUGCUCUGCGUCUAUGUAACAAGUUAAAAAUUAAAUAUUAUACAUAACAUAAUUUGACAUACCAUUUUUACUUUCCUGUUUUUUAAAUAAAGAUUAAGUAACGAAUUAUAGAGUGAGUAAUAUUAAUAGUAAGUCUUAAAAAUAAGCAUUUAAAAAACUUUUUAUCCUUAACAAUCAUUACAUAAUAUUAAAA